UGUACCAUAUAAGAUUCUUUUUAUUUUUGCAGUUAAUAAAAACACAAAUAGAAGCCUUAUUGCAAAAGACAUGUCAUCCACUCAACCCGAGAGAAAGGACACCACUAAAUUCACAUUUAAGAAUGGAGGGAAAACUUAUGAAUUGUGGUUAGCGUUAGGAGAGGAAAAAGUAAAUGAAGUGAGAUUACCCGGUGGCAAAAAAUUUGAUGGAAAGUGUUCUCUAAACAUUGAAAGCAUUUUUAUUCAGUUACUAUUAUUUCUAAUCUUAAAUUAUAUCAACAGAAAAAGACCAUGCAAUGAGUAAGUUAAUGUCGGAAAAUUUCUCUAAUGAAACUUACGAGAAAACAUUUAGUCAACUCCAAAUGUUAGGAAAAGGAUCAUUUGGGAGUGUGUGGAGUGCAAUGCAUAAAUAUGAUAAAAAUACUUAUGCUAUUAAAAAAAUCAUCGUCAGCAAGGUCGAAAAUAUUUAUAUGGUUUUCCAAGAAGCCCAAGCUCUCGCUAAACUUGAACACCCAAACGUUGUGAGAUAUUUUUCUUCCUGGAUACAGAGUUGCAAUAGUGACUGGACGGAUCUCACCCCUGUGAAAUUAACUAUUUUUAUCCAAAUGGAAUUGUGUUCGACCUCUCUCAAACGAGUUUUAGAAAAACGUGAUGGUCAGAUCGAUCCGCUUUUUAACAUCAAAAUAUUUCAUGGGAUUAUGAAAGGAAUUGAAUAUGUCCAUGAAAAGAAACUCGUUCACCGAGAUUUAAAAACGGAUAAUAUUUUUUUACAAGAAAUUAAUACCGAAUUUAUACCAAAAAUUGGUGAUUUUGGUUUGGUAAAAUCCGAAGAACCAACGCAUCUUGAAGCUAAUACCAAGGAGAAUGAUAUUUAUUGUCUCGGGGUUGUAUUAAAAGAUUUAUAUUUCCCUCGUAAAAGUUUAGAUGACCUUUUGAUUAUGGUUGAACAACAAGGCGACUUUAAUAAUAUAAUAGAAUUAAUCUUCAAAAUGACUAAAAUGACUGGUAGUGAUCCUCCUCAAGCAACAAAAAUCCUUGAAUCCGACAUUUUUAAUAUGUUAUCUGAUAAUCACUCCGGAGCUCUUACGUCAAAAAUCAACUCGUUGGAGGAAAAAAUUAAAUCAUUAGAACAAGAAAAUGCCGACUUGAAACAAGAAAACAACGUUAAAAAAGAAAAAAUUAAAUCAUUGGAGCAAAAAAUUGAAUCAAUGGACGGGAAGGCGGAUUAAAAUAAGGAAUAACAUUUUAUACAAGUGUAAAGAGUUCAAUCAUUAUUUUUUUACGAAAAACAUCUAGCGGAUAGGAUUUUAAUAAAUCAUUGUAAUGAAAUAACAGAGAUAGUUUUCAAGGAGAUAUUUCUUGUACUCGUGAUAUAAAGAAAUAAAUUUGGUAGCAUUUUUUCACAUUUUUUAAGAAUAAAGUUAUUUACA